AUGAAGCGAACAGCAUGGUACCCUAACAGCCAGAGAAAGCGCACAAUAUUUACAACUGCGUCAGGAUCCAAUAAUGCAGUCGUUGAGGUCUUAUCAAGCAGCUCUGCCGAGGAGACUUCACGAAAAGCACAAAAAGACAAACAAAAAGUCUUGACUGGUGAACGAGGACAAUGGGAUACAGCAAGAGACAUUGCAAUUAUGCAAUCAAUUUAUGAUCGUCACCUAUUUGCCAAUUAUCAUGGCAACAAGUCUCUAACGAGCAUAUUAAAAGAUUCUCACAAAUAUUCGUUCCUCAUCUCAAAUCUUCAACUCUUCUUCUUAAAAACUUCUUCAAAACUUCAACCAACACAACAGUUACCUCCACUGUUACCUCCUACAUUUGCCAAGGAAGAUUGUAGUGAAGAUUUCCUCUUUUCCUUGCCGCUAAAAUACAUUCCAGGGACCGAUUUGAUGAGCAAGUUGAUUCUAAAUAAUGAUGAAGUGAUCAAGAUCAUUGUUUCCACCUUGUUUGGUGUCGAUGCUUGCAGAAAAUAUUCCACAAGACCCAAAGAAUGGCCUAAUUUCAAACGAUCAGAUGUGCUAUACUGUCCUUUUAAUCGCAAGGAAUUCAAAAACCACCCCCCAAUUCUUAUUGAAGUUCAAUAUUAUACUGGCAUGAACUUUUUCCGACGUUUGAUGAAGUAUUCUCUUUCGGUCUGCAAGUACUACAGUACGCUACCAAUUGUUUUGACGAUUGUUACAAAUAACAUUUCCCAAGCAUUAGCAGACCAGGCUUAUGAAUGCCCAGAGUUCCCGUAUGCUAAAAAUCUGCCAUGCACUGGGCGGACAAAAGCCUGUUUUAUGAUCAACAAGCAAACAAUCACCAACCAUUUGAAAAGCAAGCCUUUGGAAGCCAUGGUUGCACUUGCUCAUUUUCUUAUAGAAGGAAAAUCGGCAUUAAUCAAUAUAGAUCGACGUGAUGACCAAACCAUUCAAACAUUGUACCGCAUUGCAAAAAAUAUCAUUUUUCCAGAAAUUGAGAAGGAAGAAACAAAUAGUGCUGCGUUUGAGAAACUUUACUUUUGCGCAUUUAAUGGAUUCAACCGGACCAAGGAGAUCUUGCUGGAAAACCAGGCUCUCAAUGAGAUCCAUAGGAAACGUUUUGCUGCAACAUCUUCUGAUCCCACUGGCACAAUUACCCCAGAUCAGGAUACUGCACUAACGACUAUAUCCUCUGAAACAAAUGUUGUUUCCACGUCCAGUCCCGUUAAUGUUUCGACCAUGCCCAAAGAGAAUGAUACCACUUUGACGCAGUCCGCGUCUAGUUCUGCUGCUAUCAUGCCCAAUGCCUCCACCGUCAGUGUACCCAUCUCCACUAGCGGUACAACUCGUGAUUUAAAGCGUCGAAUGCAGCAGAAAAAUUGGAAAUUUAUUAACGCGUAUCGAACUGAACAUGGUUCCAAUAUGGACUGGGAGCAAUGUUUUGUACAAGGAAAGGGAAAAGGACUUUCAACAAUAUACAAGAGCCAAGAGUACGAAAGCUCCAUAUUUUCGGGAUAUAUAAAGGACUUCAAGAGCGAUGGAAGUGGGGAGGUCCGGCUCAAGAACGAGAAUUUGACAAGUGCUGGUAGAGGUUGUCUUUUAGGUGUUUCGCGGUUAUAUCUCACAGGGAUGGGAUGUACGGUGGUACAACAAUUUAAGGAUUUGUGCAAAACCUACGUCUCUUCCUACGGACCGACUACUGAGGUCCGAACCGGAAAAUAG